CCGGGCUUUUGCAUAAAGUUUGGUAGGUGAUUUUAUAAUGGGGAGACAACCAUGUUGCGAUAAGCUAGGAGUGAAGAAAGGGCCAUGGACGGCUGAGGAAGACAAGAAACUUAUCGAUUUCAUUCUGAGGAAUGGCCAAUGUUGUUGGCGUGCAGUCCCCAAGCUUGCGGGGUUGCGACGCUGUGGCAAGAGCUGCAGGCUCCGGUGGACUAAUUAUCUUCGGCCCGACUUGAAGAGAGGCCUUCUGACUGAAGCCGAGGAACAAUUGGUGAUUGAUCUUCAUGCUCGCCUCGGAAACAGGUGGUCCAAAAUUGCUGGUAGAAUGCCUGGAAGAACUGAUAAUGAAAUUAAGAAUCACUGGAACACACACAUAAAAAAAAAGCUCAUUAAGAUGGGAAUCGAUCCUGUCACUCAUAAACCUCUUCAUACAGAAGAAACUGCUAGUCAAACAGAGACAUUGUCUCGGUGCUUGGAGUCUUCAGCUCCGGUAGAAAAUCAAGAGAUUUUGAUGCAGCAAACCAAUAUCAUGGCCGGCUCUGAGCAAAAAACUAAUGUAAUGGCCAGCUCUGAAAACCAAACUAAUGGCAGAGCCUGCUCUGAAAACUCGUCUUCACCAGCUGAUCAAAAUUCAUCUGGUGAUGAGUCUAAUUCAUUGAGUGCUAUCUGCGAUCAAAUAGACGACUCACUGAUUAAUUACUUGUUUGAAGACGAAAUGACUCCUGAACUUGAUCAUUCAUCAUGGGACCUUUCAUUAGCUACAGAAAACUUUAGCAAGGUGGAGCUGCCCCCUUCCUGGGAUGAAACCUGUAAUUGGCUAUUGGACUGUCAGGAUUUCGGAAUUCAAGAUUUUGGUUUCAAUUAUUUUACUGACGUCGAAAUGACCAUGUUCAACCAUAUAGACGUGAAAAGUAAUUAGACCGAUCGAUUAUCUCUAUGGACAUGAAGCUGAAGUGAAAAAAGCUAAGGCAAGUACAGAGAACAUGCAUGUUACAAAGUAUCAUGUUGGUGAAAAGUAGUUCGAUGUUGCUAGUAAAAAUAUGUUAAUUAGUUUUCAUAUUAUAUAUGAUGCUUUAUAAUAUGAUGAUGGUCUUGGAUGGUAGAAAAUCAAGUCUUGUUUCUAACCAUCCAGAUUAAGGAAGACAUUCCCUCUUACAGUUUGUUGUAUAGAAGGAAAAUGUUGACAUCACAAGCAACAAAGUGUUAGAAAAUUCUUAUGUUAUGAAACAUGUACCGUUGUGUAUAUAUUCUGCAAAUCAAUAAUAAAGAAAAUUGUUUCUUGUAA